UGGGAGCUGUAGUCCCCGCACCUCAUCCAGCACCCUCGGCCAUGAAAGCUCCGGCGGCUGCGGAGCGCAACAAGGGCCCGAUCCUGGCGGUGCUGCGGGAGUACGCGGGGCGCGGCCCCGGCGAGCUGCGGGUGCUGGAGGUAGGGGCGGGCGUGGGGCUCCACGCAGCGCACUUCGCCCAGGCGCUGCCCCACACCCGCUGGCAGCCCUCGGACAUCGACCCGCGGGCGCUGCGCAGCAUCGCUGCCUACGCCGAGGCCAUGCGGGUGCCCAACGUGCUGCCUCCCAUCCUGCUGGACGUCUCGCAGGGCUGGGAGACCUGGGGGGGCACCCAACCCGCCAGCCUCGACCUCCUGGUCAGCAUCAACAUGAUGCACAUCACGGAGCUGCCCUGCACCGAGGGCCUGUUCAAAGGUGCUGGGGUGCUGCUGAAGCCUGGAGGUGUGCUCUUCACCUAUGGGCCCUACGCCGUGGAUGGCCGGAUCAGCCCCCAGAGCAAUGUGGACUUUGACUGCAGCCUGCGGCAGAGCAACCCCACCUGGGGCCUUCGGGACACGGCACUGCUGCGGCACUUGGCAGAGGCCAACGGGCUGUGCCUUGAGAGGAUGGUAGACAUGCCAGCCAACAACAAGAGUCUCAUCUUCCGCAAGCUGUAACCUGCCCUGUGACACCUCCCGGCACGGCCACCCCUCUUCGAUACCCCCUCAAAGGGGUCACACUGUGGCGAUGGGACAGUGCCCCACUUGCCCCAGCUGGGGCUGGGCUUGGCUGGGGGGGAGCUCCCUUUGCAAUGGAGUGGCCCAGAGAAGCCACUGUGGCUGCCAUGGGGGGCAGAGGCAUGGGGGGGGGGGGUGGGUAGCACCCUGGCCAUGGGGCAGAACUUGCUCGGUGCCAGCUUCCUUGGAGGACGCUGUGCCAAUGGCGGAGGGACCCAUCCCUCUUCCCAUCCCCUCCCCGGGACUGUGCUGCUGCUCCCCACAAUAAACUCAGAGGCUUUGCUCCCCUCCAA